AAUUGUAGACCUUGAAUUUUCUUGCUGUUAAAAGGGUAAAAUGAGUCAACCAAAAUCAAUGAAGUUGCCCACUGCAAGGAUGCCCCCAGUGAAGGCCAUGCUUGAGAAAGGAAUCCCAGGGUUGACAUCACUUGAUUCUAUUAUAGCAGACCUGGAUCAACAGUUAGAGGCAAAGAAUAAACAAAUGGCAGACUGUCUGAAAGGUAUUGUGAAGACAUGUAAUGACAUGCCAGGCAACAAACAGUCAGACAACCCUAAAGAUUGUAUUACCUACAUGUUAGAUUCACACUUACUGGAGAAGGACUCCUGUUAUGAUCCAGAGGCUGAUGAUAUCAAUACAAUAUUAAGUCAUGUGUCCAGUACUCUCCAACAAACACCAGGAAGUGAAGAGAUUAUCUUCCAGGAUUUAUUGUCCCUGUCAUCAUGUCAGGGGCUGACAUUACCACUGAAAUCAUCCACUAAAGACCCACUACAAUCCAUGACAUCACUGAACACCGUCACUGACAGUGUGGAACAGCAAGUGACUGAAGAAUGGGAACACAUAGCUCGGCGUUUUCAGCAAUAUUUUCAACAUUCCUUAGAAAAUAUACCAGUCAGUGCAAAACCAUUAAGUAUAGAUUUAUAUGAGAAAAAGCGAGUAAACCAUUUACAGAGUCUCUCUGUUUUAUUUCCUACAGAAGAUGUCCUAGUUAAAUACCAGACACUAAGGUCCCUACAACUAGAUAAGUGUUUUCAAAAUUUACUUGCUGGUGUAAACGCUGAUAAUUUCAGUUCCGUUGAUGUGACCAAGAAUUGCUGCUACCUUGCAGACAUUAUAUUGAAAAUGAUUAAGGAAGAUUUUAUUGUUUUCAAUUCUGGAGUUUUCAAACGGUCUUUUAACAUUGCACGAGCCAUGCAUGACAUGUACUUGGAGAAAUAUUCAGAUGAAAUGUCAGCCCUUGUAGAGGACAUCUGGGAAGACAUUGAAGAAAUAAUGAAUCAGAAAUCGUCAAAAAAUAGUAGCAGAGCCAAGCUCCCGGUUAGAAAUGAAAGUAGUGAUUCUCUGCCCUCAUCUAAAAGCUUUAGCAGUAUAACAGCAGCUAUGGACAAACUACCUCGAGACUACAUUGCUUCUAUUGUUAACGUAGUCAAUUCAAUACUUUACAUAGAGGAACAUGUUGAAAAGUUGAUACAGACUUCAGCAUGGGAUUCAUCAGGGUUACCUAGUAGGAAGAUUAAAAGGAAGGGAAGCUUAAAAGGUGUUCUGAAGACCAGUUCCAGUCCAGAACCACCCAGAAGACCAAUGAGUUAUACAGGAUCUGGUCUAGAGGACUUUACUGAUAGUCUCAACUCAUCAUUUGGAUCUUAUCCUGGAUUGUCAGAUAACACACCAGCACCAAAAGUUGCAUCAUAUGUAUCUACAAGACGUAAAGUUGUGGAAAAAUCCAGAGAAGAAAGACUUCGUUGGGAAUGGAAGUUAAUGUUUAAAAAGAUAGGUCAUGACCUUGCUCAGUUUGUCAAUAAUCAAAUACGCAAUCAGUUUAAAGUUUCAUUGGAUAAAGAACUGGCUGACUGGACACACCUACAUGUCCUAGUUACUGAACCUGUCAAAGAGGAGUUGUGGGGAGGAAAACUGGAUUAUCCCAAAUUUGUUACUAAGGCUGUGUUAGAUUUUAUGAAUGAGUUGGACUUCCUGUUACCCUUUGCUAAAGCAGGUUAUGAUGGAGCACUGCAUUGUGUUAGAACAGCCUAUGUGGACUCAGUUUGUUUAUGUUUACAAAACUUGCAUGUUCAUUUGACAAAGUUAUGCAGUGACAUUCCUAGAAAUGCUCCAAUGAAAAGCCUGUAUGCUAUUCUGUCCAGUGCAGCUUAUGUCAGAAAUCAGUUGCAGUAUUAUGAGACAGUUUUGGUCCCAGAAGAAAGCAGUAAGAGAAUAUUUGCAGAACCAUAUAAGAAGUUUGUUGAAGUUGUAGAUGUGGUCACUAAACUAAUGAUAGAGAUACAUAAGAACUAUAUGGCUACGAGUAUACUACAUGAUGCUGAAAGUUAUAACUGGGCCGACAUGAAGGACUUCCAUGAGGGAGAGAGAUGUUCCUAUCCUAUACAGAUGUGGAAUUAUCAUAUGAGAGGUCUUCAGUAUGAUUUAUGGACUAUGUGCCCACCAAGACUCGGUCAGAAAAUAUUUGGUGAAAUUUUACAGGAAUCAUUACAGAUAUUGGGACAGAGAUAUGCUCAUGUUCAGCCUUCCUAUAAACGCAUUCCUCAGUUCAGAUGUGAUAUUAUAACUGUUUUGUUAUGUACAGUGGAGAUGUUAUUUCAUUCAUGUCGAUCAUUGUACCAGAUAUUGGAUGUUGGUGAUUCACAUAUCCCCCACUACAACAUACAGAACCUAUGUACAACAUUACUAUCAACCAUGGCUAUUGUCAGCUCACCACUGGAAAUUCUUUAUAGAGAAUUUAAGAAAGGAUAUAUGGAAAAGACUCAGAGAGGUGGUCAGUUUUCUCCAGUGGCCAACACAGCAGGCACAAAUACUGACUGGUUGUCAUGGAUACAGCCAGGAAUUUUCCAAAAAGGUUUAAAACAAUAUGAUGUUAUGCAGACAACCACUGCAGUAUACAUACAAUGUAAAUUAUUACUUACUCAACCAGAAAUAGAUUGGGCAAUGACACUUCAGUCAUUGGUGAUGAAAGAUUAUACCUUAGCCAUCUUAGUUUUGACACAGUGUGUGGCUGGAGAAGAUGGACAUACUGUGACUGGGUCCAUGGAAAAUGUGAAGAAAACAUUCCAGUGUAUGACCAGGGUCUUAUCAGAAUGUCCUCACUUUCCUGAUGCAGUGGCUAAGACAAUGUUACCUGUUAUUGACAGAUGUAAUGACUGGAAAGUGUUUGAACCAAAAACAAUGCCAGGGAAAGAUUUCAUUAUUCCAGUUUGGAUGGAGUCAUUGUUUGAACUUAUGGAACCAUUUGUACUGAGAGUCUUGCAGCCAUUGUUGGAACAUAUUUUAACUGAGACCCAUCCAAAACCAAACAUUCGACCAAUCAUGUCAGUAAUAGCUGAUCUUCCUUGUGGCUGUCAACCACAUACAAAUACUACCUCAAAGCCAAAGAAAGGAGAUGCUACAAAGGAGUUGAUUGAUACCUGUCUGACUUUACUUCUUGGACAAAUUACAGAAGAUAUAUUUGUACUACCUACAUCUCUUUGUAUCUUACUGAAAAUGAUACAAGAAAGAUGUUCUUCUAAUGGGAUUAAGACACCUCAUCAAAGUGCUGGUCUGAAGGUUUUGGCUAUGUGUUUGAGAUCUGCUUUAAUGGAUAAGAAUUUUAUUGAAAGAACGACAGGAGUAUCACCAACUGAGAGUCAAGAAGAACAUCUGACAACAUUAGCAGAAUGUAUCUACUAUGUCCUGGUUAGCACAAAAGCUAAAAGUAGCAGUACCCCAAAACUUGGAGGAAAGUUUUGUAAAGAAAACAAAGAAUUAGCUCUUGAGAAAGUAACAUAUCUUGGCAGUUUCUUUAAUACAGAGAUAUUUGAGAUACCCUCAUCAUCAGUGUUGGAGGCAGCUACUAAUGAAUUUAAAGCACAGUUAUUUUCAGUGUGUGCCAGUAAUAUUCUAGAUACAUCUAUAGGUGCAUCAGAUCUGAGAUGUUUAUAUAAUAUAAUAGCUAACAACUUCCUGUGGCUGGAGAAACACCUGGACAUACAGAAUUCUCUUCCUAAGACUCUAAACAUUCCUGAGAACUUUACCAUUUCCACUGAUUCACCUACAACACCAAAGUUUGAUCCAACCCUAGAAUUUGAGUUGAUAGGAAAUCGGAAAUUUGAUCAUGAAGCACUAAUGAAUUUCAACAUUGACUGGCAGAAACUAUUAUCCUCUGACCUAGGCCUCAGUGAAUAUGGAUUCAGAACGUUGCUUUAUAACAGACAUGAAAUGCAAGAUGGAGAAUACCUAGAGGAGAAUGAAAAGAAACCAGUGGAAGUACUCAAAUCUGUGUAUGAACAUGAGGACAGAGAGUUAGGAUAGUCAAAUAAAAACAACUAAUGGAGAAUUGUUUCUCUUUUUUUACCAAAGAUAUUAUUGUACAUGUAGUACUUUCGUAGUUCUUCUUUUCCAACAUUUAAGUAGAUCGUUAUUUACUCAUAAUAUUUGUCCAAUUUCUCAGCCUUGAAAAAUGUCUUUCUUAUUUCAUACUGGAAACAUUAUUAUUUAUUCAUCCCAUCA